AAUGCUUCACAAUUUGUUCGUGUUUCACGUGUUAAUGUCAUGUUAACGUACAUCGGCUCAAAGUCUUUGUGUGUGAGUGCGUGUUUUGUGCAGGCGUUUUCUGGACAAUCUCAAGUGUGAAAGCCCUGGAUCAGCCGAGACUGAGCCUGGGUCAUACAGACUGACUGACUUGACCAAUCAAUCAACCAAUCAACCAAUCAAUCAAUCAAUCGGGGGAACAACAACAACUUGCAUUUACAUAGCGCCCUUCAGUCAGACCGACCGACCGAUCUGGGAGCACGUUCCUUGCGUCUCGGCCACAUCUCAAGUUUGACACAAUGUCCGGACCUAACGGGGACCCCAGAGUUAACGUGGAGAGUGAAGAAGAGGACGGAAACUUAGAGGAAUAUGCAGCCCUCGACCAGAUGCUUGACCAGAUUAACUCUUGUCUCGACAACCUGGAGGAGAAGAAUGAUGUCCUCAAUGCAAAGCUCAGAGAACUUCUGGAGUCAAAUCGCCAAACGCGGGUAGAAUUCAGGCAGCAGAUUGUUGGAGCAGCCCAGCAGUCGGAUGCUAAGUACAAGAACUCUUGACUGUGACAUUUCUACAUUCUGCUCUGGUAUUUUGUGUCCUUCUAGAGAAGAAAAAUCCCUUAUUUGCUAGUGGUAGAAACUCUCUUCUACAACCCAAAGUGCUGAAUACUGUUUCGACUUUCAUAUUCCUCCCCAAUUUUGCCUGAUGUGUCUGCUUCUUUAUGUGAUCUCUUCCAUUAAAAUCAGGCUCUGGACUUGUAGGCCAUGUUAGAGGACGUCUACUUGGAAUAGAAGACACAAAGUCCAGUUUCCCACCUGAUCAGUUUCAUCUGCGAGUGAAUGUCAGAAAAUCCCAAGUCCCUGUCAAUAUGUAUAAGCAAGAAAUGUUCUACAAACUAUUGUUAAUAUUCAGGUAGUAUUGCGUUUCCUUUUUGCUCUGUUUAAGAACUUUAACUUACUUAUGUGUAAUUUAAGUGACUCUCACUUUAUGUUCAAGGCGUGUCAGAAACUGCCUAUCUCAAGCAAACUUCUUUCAAGAAGUUGGUUGGUUGGAUCAAUGGCCCACUGUGGAUCGAAGCCUUUAUUGUUGAUAGAAAAGGUUUUAAGUGAUCUUAUUAAAAGUGAGAUGUUACUAGAAAUGAUAUUGAGGACUAAAUGCAAUGAAAGGAUUGAGGGGAGUACUAAUGUAUUCAAUAAUGUCCUUUGACUGUUUAGUGGAAUCAUUAGUGAAGACUUCUACAUUCACAAUGAAAAACUAACCUGUUCCUACUGUUAUAACUGUGUCAAUUGCACAUUAUGCUCAUAUAUGACAACACAUGCACAAUCACGACACUGCUAAAAUCCUGAGAAGCACUUUGAGACACUGGUACAAUAACUACAUAGAUGUGAAGGCACAUUACAGUAACUUGGAUGCUUGAAGACUAAAAUCUUGGAAAGGCCGAGAUUUCCACUUGUAUCUCGUGUUGAAUGUAAAUAUAUUCUGGGAUUUGUUGGGUAAAUAUAAAUGUUUCAUUCCAUCAUUGUAUUUGUAAAGGUGUGCUCUGCACUGUCUGAAAUCCAAAUGAAAUACAGAAACUUUAAUAUUAAGUUUUAAGUAUUUUAAAGAUUUUCGCCCAUAAAACACAAGUCACUACAGUAUAUUCUGUGAAGCGCUUUGAGGCGCAUCAACAAAGUGAUAUCAAAUGCUAGUGUUAUUAAAAUGCAUUUUUCAGCAUUCCAUAGAGGAUUUAUUUCAAUGUUAUCCUUUUAUAUGAACUGCCAGCAACUAUUAAAGAAAACGUCAUGUUUAAAAAGGGGUUUAAAAAGCUUAUUGUUAAAUGCCAACAGUUACUAUCAAUAAACACAUUCAUUUAAAUUGUGAAAGUAUGCGAGAGAUGAUGUGUGGAACUGAACGAGUUUCCUCUUUGUAUAUACGCUGUACCAAUGCUCAAUAGAAAUCUGAUCAAACAGGUUGUUUUAAGAAGUAUGUACCCUCAGUAAAGCAUGAAUAAAAGCCCAGAAGAUGCCAGGCUCAAUGACCAUGCCCUGUGCUCCCUUCAAUCCUGUAGUAAGA